GAGCAGCAGCGCACACCCUGCGUCGCGGAGGUCUUAAGACUUCACCAGUUGCGGCGGCGCCGGCGCGGCCGCAGUCUCUCCGACGGGGAGGUCCUCGGGCACGAGAGGAGGGAGAUGUCGUACAUGCGCGGUGACCUGCUGACCAAGACGCGGAAGCUGGUGAAGGGUCUCGCCAAGCCCGCCCCAAAAUGGCUCAAGGCCAUGGAAGAGGCACCUCCAGUGACAUUUCCUCGUGUUGAUGGAAAGGUCAAGAAGAUUGAGUUGCCAGAGGAUGUGUACGUAAAGAAGUUCUUCAAGAAGCAUCCAGAUUCGCUCUACCACGAUGCAAUCAAGAUAAGUGGAUUUGAUCCACCACCAGCACGAGUUUUUGCUUGGCGUGUCUUGGAGUUGAAAGAACAAGGAGUCAGUGAAGAUUAUGCGAUGGCUGUAGCAGAUUUUGAGUAUCGCAAAGAAAAGAAAGCAAAGAAGAAAGCAUACAAGGAACUGAAAGAAAUCGCCCGCAGUGAAGGAAAGGAGCCACCGCCAAACCCAUACCCAAGUGCCAUAAAAGAAAUACAAGCAGAGGAAAAGAAGUAUGUUAUGGACCGUUUCUAUAACCCAAAGGUAAUUGAGAUUGCGAAUAAGAUGAAAGAGGAGAGAGAGAUGUUUCUUCGAGAUAGAGCGGCAUCAGGUCAGUGGUAGUCGCAUGUAUUAGUUGGACUGGUUUACAUGGUAUUAUUGUUAUGACAUCAGCCAACCAUCAUAAAAAAUAAUGGAUGUGUAGUUGACAUUGAUAUGACAAACAGGAAAAUCAUUGUUUUUAUAUGUAUCUUGAGAUGGUUGAUGUGCUUGGAAAUGCAAUAUUUGUCCAUAUUUCCUUCUU